AUGCAUCGACACGUGCCCGAAUGGCACAGCUUCGCGCUGCACAAACCCCACCUCAAGCCCGACAAAAUAAUAGAGGAUGAAGCAACCAACUAUCCGACAGAAUUUUUGAACUCACUGGAUGUGCCAGGAACUCCGCCGCAUAAUUUGCAACUGAAGGUGGGAUCAGUUAUUAUAAUGCUGCCGAAUCUAAAUCAUCCGAGAUUAUGCAACGGUACGCGGUUGUCCGUUAUGAAACUAAUGAACAACGUGAUUCAAGCGACGAUCAUCAAGGUACUCUUAUAUGGUGCGGAGUGCUGGACAGUGGUGCAAUCCGAUGCAGCCGCUCUUGGAGUGUUCGAGAGAAAGAUUCUCCGCAAGAUCUUUGGUCCGAUUUGCGUUGGCGAUGCCUAUCGCAUUAGAUGGAACCACGAGCUGUAUGAGCUGUACGGGGAUGUUGAUGUAGUCAGUCGAGUUAAAAUUCACAGACUCCGCUGGCUGGGUCACAUCGCCCGUAUGGAAGAAGACACUCCGGCCCGUAAGGUGUUUGAUGCGGUAAUUGUCGGGAAACGGAGGAGAGGACGACCCCGGAUGCGUUGGCAAGACCAGGUGAUGGAAGCCCUGUCUACAUCCGGUGCUGCCAACUGGAGAAGGCGCGCCCAGGACAGGGAUGCGUGGAGGCAAAUCGUGCAACAGGCUGUGACCCGUCAAGGGUUGUGA